GCGAAAUGCACCGCAUGCAAAUCGUGAUUAUUGCGCUCCAGCACCACUACAGUCGUCAAUAAAGCCUCCAAGACUAUUCGUUCUGCUUUUACUUCCGGAAGACUAUGCUCUGCGGUAUCGAAUGAAACCAUGGAGCAAAUCGAAGAUUCUCUAUCUGAGACUCUGACUGUGCCAUCGGCACAUUCUUGUGUUUGUUGCGAAAAGAUAACGAUUGUCCAAGAUUCCAGUGGUGAUCGGGUAACGUUUGCUCAAGAUGGUACCAGCGAAGGGAUGGAGUUUUGUCUGACCUUCACCGAGGUUUUUACUCAGAUGGAACUAGGUUGCGCUUUCUUCGAGAAUUGCCUGAGAAGGAUACCGCUGUAUUCUCUUCCCAACAGACUUAGCCUUGACUUGCCAAGUAGCCCGGAUGAGCCCGACUUCGGCUUUCUCACUCUUAGCUGGUUUGACUCCGACGGCAACAUGAUCACAGACGAGGAGCAGAACGAGAUGGCCUUGUUUGCUCAGGAUGGUGACGCGGCGGGACGGAACAUCAGUAGCCGGCCACUGAACCCUGAACCUGCCCAGAAAUUUGGAUGGAUGAGGCAGCUGCUCAAAAACUGCGAAGAAAAACACUCCAACUGUGGGCGUCAAAGCUCACUGCCCGAAGAAAGGCCUUCUAGGCUGCUGGCCGUCGGUAAAACUGGCGACUCCCACGUCUUCAUCCGCGAGACCAGUGAUAAAACAUCAUUGAAAUAUGCAGCGCUGAGUUAACCUUGGGGUGAAGGUCAAGACAAAGACUUUGUGCACAGAGUCAAGACAACGAAGAGCAACCUACGAGACAGAAUGAGAGACGGAAUCCUUGUCUCUACAUUGCCAAAAACUCUGCAGGAUGCGAUCUAUUUGACUAGCGAGCUAUCUUUCCAGUACGUCUUUAUUGAUGCUCUAUGCAUCGUCCAAGACGAUGAUGUCGACAAAAAGAGGGAAUUUGCCAGAUUGGGAGGAUACUAUGACUGUUGCACUCUGCUCUUCUAUGCAGCGAGGGCGAAGCACGGCGACUCCGGAAUGCUGGGAACUCGUGACGUGAACGACAGUUACGGCGCAGUGUUCAAGCUCCCUUAUCUGAGGGCUUUCAGUGGCGUCGAAGAACGCGGCUGUAUAUUUGUUUGCGAUGGGUUUGUAUCUGAUGAUAACGAGCCCUUGGACGAGCGUGGCUGGGCAUAUCAAGAAAACAAACUUUCGCAUCGGAAGUUGAAAUUCGGCUCUAAGCAGACAUAAUGGGAGUGUGGGGAAUACCCUGCGGGCUGCGGUCAUCCGGUUGACGGAGGCUCUAUUUUUGGCGAAUGUCUGUCUAACAUCCCAUGUGGCGACAGCGACGGUCCCGAAUUCAGAGAAGAUAAGCUAAGGGAAUGGAUGGGCCACGUCGAGGAAGUGUCUCAAAACAAAUUCACUUCCUAUGACGACAAGAUCCCUGCUUUGCAUACCCUCGCAACAAAGUUUGCAGCUGAGAUGGGCUAUCAAAUGUCCGAUUUCUGGGG